CGUCGCUGAUGAAUAUCAACAUGACUUUUCACCACUUACUUUCCCAUGUGGAAGAAAACCGGCCAACUUUUGAAAAACCAAAAACUUUGGACUCACAACUUCUUUUGUGAAUGAUAUAAAGAUCAAUGAACCUUUAUCAGAAACUUCAUAUUUAGUUAUUGCCUAAUCCUCAGCCUCAGCUUCAAACAGAGCCUUGGAUAUCGAUAUAAGCAUGGAGUCUGUUGAAGGAGAAGGGUCAAAACCCCAUGUUGUGAUCACCCCAUUUCCAUUACAGGGCCAUAUAAUUUCCUUCUUGAAACUAGCCAAAGUUCUUCAUUCUAAAGGCUUUCACAUAACAUAUGUCAACACUGAGUGCAGCCACAAGCGCUUGCUCAACUCAAGAGGAGCUCAAGCUCUUGAUGGGCUCCCAGAUUUUCGAUUUGAAACCAUCCCAGAUGGUCUUCCUCCUUCUGAUGAUGCGAAUGAUAUUGAACGAUUUCCUUCUCUAUGUGAUUCUUUGCCAAAUAGAAGUCUCGUCCCUUUCACAAAGCUACUUGCAAAGCUUAAUAAGCUUGCUUCCGAUGGUGUCCUGCCCAAAGUUACUUCCUUGAUUUCUGAUGGUAUCAUGACAUUCACAAUGAAAGCUGCCCAAGAAUUUGGACUUCCUAUUGCUCUCUAUUGGCCUGCCAGUGCUGCUUCCUUUUUGGGUGUUUUUCACUUUCGCACUCUUCUUGAUAAUGGGGUCAUUCCGUUAAAAGAUGAGAGUUAUCUGACAAAUGGAUACUUGGAUACCAAACUAGAUUGGCUUCUUGGAAUGAAACAUAUGAGGCUAAAAGAUAUUCCAAGUUUUGUGAGGACAACAGAUUCAAAUGAUCUUGUGCUAAACUUUCUUAUGAAUGAAGUACAUAGAGCCCAAAAAGCUCAGGCAAUCAUUUUCAACACAUUCGAAGAUUUUGAGAAUGAUGCCCUCAAUGCAAUAUCCUCUAUCUUUCCUCCUCUUUACUCCAUUGGCCCUCUCCCUUUGCUUCUCACUCAAAUCCCACACAACCACCACUCAUUGGAAUCCAUUGGCUCCAAUCUCUGGAAAGCAGAGACUCAGUGUCUUGAUUGGCUAGAAACAAAGGAACCUGAAUCUGUUAUUUAUGUGAAUUUUGGAAGCGUUGUAAUUAUAUCUCCAGAACAAUUGUACGAGUUUGCUUGGGGUUUAGCUAAUAGCAAAAAACAUUUUUUGUGGAUUAUAAGGCCAAAUCUCGUUGAAGGAGGCUCAAUGAUUAUAUCACCUGAGUUUCUGAGUGAGACUAAGGACAGAGGGUUCAUAGCUAGCUGGUGUGAACAGGAAAAAGUGUUAAACCACCCAUCUAUUGGAGGCUUCUUGACGCAUUGUGGGUGGAAUUCCAUGACAGAAAGUAUUUGUGCAAGUGUUCCAAUGGCUUGUUGGCCUUGGGUUGCAGAUCAACAAACAAAUUGUAGGUAUGCUUGUAGAGAAUGGGGAAUAGGGGAUGAAAUUGAUAAUAAUGUGAAGAGAGAAGAGGUUGAGAAGCUUGUGAUUGAGUUGAUGGAGGGAGAGAAAGGGAAGAAUAUGAGACAGAAGAUUUCAGAGUGGAAGAAAAUAGCAGAGAAGGACACUAAACCAGGUGGUUCUUCCUACGUCAACUUGGACAAUUUGAUUAAAGAUGUGCUGGUCAAAACCAAAGUCUAGGAUUUUCAACCUUAAAUCUUAUGUAUACAAGGGAACUUUCAAUUCUUUUAAUUGGCAAAAGCAUAUAUGUAUGGAUUCUUAAGAAAAUUAUGUAAUAUGUUGAAAAAAGAUUAUAGAAUUGAUCUAAUUUGUCUUCA